CCCACAACAACAAAUCAUCCAGAGGCUGACCUAGAAAGUGUAAAUACUAAAAGUGAAAACCCUCUGUAUGAAAACCCUCUAUAUGAUCAUGACUUUAAAGUGGAGGUGUCUGAUAAAUCAGUGGAAUCCACCCUAGAAGGAACAGACCAAUCUGACACUCUUCAGAGUCAAGAAGUUACAAGUGCUCAUCAUUCAGAAGAUGCUGUAAAUACAGUGCAUGAACAGGAGGUUAAGCCAACAGAAAUGCCUCAAAUUGAUGACACAUCUGAAAGUGUGAUAAAUGAUGCCACGGACAAUUCUGAAAUCAUUUCUGCAAACCUGGCAGACCAAACUGAAGUCAGUGACACAUACCAAUGUGAGUUGAUUGUGAAAAGGACUGGUGAUUCUCCUGCCAAUCAGAAAAAUUCAAAUUCUGACAAACAGGAUGAACAUCCUACAAAAGAAAACAGCUUUGAGUCCUUAGGGCGAAACCAUGAGGAUUCUCAUAUUUAUGAUAUCAAGGAACCACAGAUCAGCCACAUAGAAGGAGUAGACACUGCACUAGGUCAGGUAUAUGAGACUGAAGGCAGAGUACAGGAUGACACAAAACCAAGUGCUGAACAAACAGGUCUUCAGGAGAUGGAAGGACUAGUCCCUGAAAUGGAGCGUGAAUCCUCUUUACAAACCCUGCAAUCAGAAAUAAACGCACCUCUUGACUCCCAACCUCAACAUAGCAACACCGGCUUCAACCCCAUUGGGAACAGAAGAAAACUGGGGUCUAGCCGAAAAACUAAAGGAAGACAGCAUGUCAAGGACUCUGUUGCUGAAUCAUACCACAAUCCUACAGAAGAAGUUGUUGGCGAUACCAGGGAUAAUGAACCCCUUGAAACAACAGAAAUGUCAUUAUCAAUAGAGACAGCAGUAAAGGAAAAAUCCUUGGAAACUAUGCUGGAAGAAAUGAAUCAGUUUGACACUGCUCAGACUGAGGAUGUUUGUGGUCAAGUAAACAAAAAUGCACAUGUUGGCGGCAACUUACUUUCAAGUUUAACAGUAGAUCAACAAUCAAAAUCUACGGAGAUGCCAGAUGAAGAACUUCCCAAUGUGUGUUUUUUAACAGAAAAAGAAAAACUGAAAAAUGUAAAUUUACAGACCAACUACUUGGUAAGUGAGGACUGUGUGAAAUCAGAAGAUACAGACUAUUGUAUCACACCAGAGAUAACUACAGAUAAACACACCCACAAAGAGCAUACAGAACCUCACUGCAGUGUUGAACAAGCAAUAUGUUUGUCACCAAAGGAAGAGUUGUCUACAAGUGAUGAACAAAAAGAGCAUGUGAACUUAUUUCAAAUCAGAGGAGCUCGGCAUUCAGAAGAUGCUAUAAAUGAAGUGCAUGAAGAGGAGGUGAAGCCAACACAAAUGCAUCAAAUUGAUAACUUCUCAAUAGAGGACAGUCAAUCUUCUUUACAAACACUGCAUUCAGAAAGGAAUGUUCUUUUGGACUCCCAACCUUUUGACAGUUAUCAGAGCAUCAAAGGGCAAAGUCCCACAGGCUUUAACACCAAAGGGAACAGAAGGAAAUUUGGGUCAAACCGAAAAAAUAAAGGACCGCAGGUCAAGGACACAACAAAACUGUCAUAUUUAACAGAAACAAUGAGGCAGGAAGAAUUAAAAGAGCAAGCCAACCAAGACGUCAAGCCUGCUGGGGAAAUAAGAACAUUUGGAUCAACCGUAAAUGGCGAAGAAAAUACAGAAAAGAUGUCGGAGGAAGGCACAAUUUUGUCACAGAAUGUGAUGGAUAGCAGGACAGUUGUGACAGCAGACAUUCAUUCAAGCUCAGGAAAAGAUGACUUUGUCAAAUCCAAGGAAGUUAAUGAGACGGAAAAUAAACUCAUAAAAGAGACUGAGAAUCUAAAUCAGCUUACAGAAUGUGACACAGUUAAAAUGGAGUUGACACAAUCACCAAAAAUCUCAGUUUGGAAAGAUGAUUCAGACAUACAGAAUGUCUCAUAUGAUGAAAAUGUCACCGCCAGGCCAAUCGCUGAUGGUCUUGAGCAAGAAGGAGCCUUUCAGGUCCAUGACACGGAAGUUUUAUCUUGUGACAAAGAAUUUAAUGAGCAACAGACAAAUGGUACAUCACAAAUUCUUGGAGAUGUCACAAUAAAAGCCUAUAACUCAGGAGUGGAGAGCUCAAUGUGUGUACCAGUUUCUAGACAGGAUAAAGAUGGAGAACAGAAAGACCAUGAAGCCCAAGAAAUUAAUAUUUCACAGGUGAUCCCACAUGCUGAACUGUUUUCUGCAUCACAAAAUAAAACUGAUACUUUGGCUCUGUUUGACAUUGGUCUUGAGGAAAACAUCCAAGCAGAGCCAGCUGGGGACGUAUCUGAGGAAAGUGGAAUUUCCAGCCAACAACGGAUACAAGAAAUAACUACUUUAGAUGAAAGUGAAAAUUUGAAAGGAAGAUCCAAACAGAAAAGGAGAAAAAUGGGAUCUACUCGCCAGACUCAACUCAAUAGGAAACCAGAGGAAAAGAGAGGGGAAACAAAAGAAAGGGACUUUAACACAGAAGCUGACAUGAGAAAGGUUGACAAGAUGGAAGCAGUAGAGGAUUUACAAAUUAUUGUAACUGCAGAGGUGUCACAGAAUGAACAUGCAAAGCCAUCACUGAGUCCUAAGAAUAAAGAACAACAGGAAACGACAAGGUCUGACCUGCAGAUAAUACAGAGCAACAUGAUACCAGACAUAGAUUAUUCCAAUACUCUCCUUGCUGAGCUAUCUGUCUGCCACAAUAAAGAAGUUGUUAAUCCUGUUAAGUUAGUUCAUGUAUCCGAUGUAAGGGACAGUGAGAGUAAUGUAGAUGUUAGUGUGGAGUCGUCACAGCUAGAUGAUUUUACCACCACUGAGAUGUAUAUCACCUCUGUGCUCGCUGGAAGACAUUCCAUAAAUCCACUGCUGUCCGCAAAUAUGGACUCUACAAACACUGGUAUCACAGGGGAGAGCUGUGUGUCUUUAUGUGAGACCACACAGAGUCCACAAAAUGAUGAGAAACAGCCAGAGAGUGUAAACGUAAUAAAUGACCAAGCUUUGAAAUCAGCUGAUGAGCCUGUUGUGGCAGAUUUGGAAAUAGUGAAAUCUGUGGUCAGAGGAGGAGCUGAAGAAGAGCACAUGAGUGCCCAAGCAUACAAGACCCGGACGAAGCAAAAUGAAGGAGCUCACACUAAAAUUCCCGAGAUGAUCAAUGCAAAUUUAGAUUCAACCAACAAGAGAAGAAAGAUGGGCAGCACCCGCAGAAGUCUCGGAUCACGGACAAAACAGGAAGACUUGUAUGAAAAACAAAAAGAGGAUAAUGAGGCAACAGAGGCUGCAACUAUUGUUGAAGUUGGAGAGGCUGAAAGUUUCUCAGGCAACAUAGGUGUGCCACAACUUCACAAAGACAGUGGCUCUGAGCAAAGGAAAGAAAAGGAAUUUGAAACUGCGGAGUAUUACUUCAAACCUCACCAGACAUUUGAAGAAAAUCCUGUUUCACAUGGUCAACUAGUAGAAACAGAGCAUCAACUAACUCCCAAUUAUCUCCCCGCAAUACAAUCCACUUCUCCCAAACACGAUUUAAUGUCAGAAUCAGCAUCAAGUAGGAAAAUAAGAAAAAUGGGAUCUAACCGAAAGUCACAUGAAAAUCAAACAGCAAAAAGGGACAAAAUGACUGAUGCACAAAUUGGGAGAGAUGUCAGAAGUAUCACAGAUGAAAGUGCCAACAAGACAACUGAAGAGCUGAGGGAAGAAUCUUUGGGCCCGGACCAAAUAUCAGAGGUUAACACAAGUGACAAGAAACCUUCACCCAACUUCAGCACCUCAAAGGCAACAGAGCAACCGGCUAGGUAAGUCCGAUGCAGAGCAACAGCGAUAUACACACUGU